AUGGAUGUUGCGUACAACCAGCACUCCAGCGCGGCUAAGCGCAAGAACCGCUCGAGCACGAACCUGAACCACCUGACACUGGCACCUCUCACAUCCAAGCUGCCGCUGGGGGACGACGACGACCUUGUCGACCUGGUCUCGGCGGCGGCAAACGGCCCAUUGCGCAUCCCGAGCACCUCAUAUCUGCAGGGGAAAUCGGCCCCCACAACGCCGCGGCUGCUGUCGCGGUCGCCCGGCGGCAGCGCAGCCAGCGGGCGGCGCUCGCAGUCUCGCCCGCGCCUGCCCAAGAGCAAGUCAGCCACGCACAUCGCUCCGCUGUCGAGCUUCUCUACAAAUUCCGCUAGCCACGGGGGCAAGCCGCCCCUGUCUGCGUCCGCGACCGCAUCCCCCACGGCAUCCAGGCGCAAGGGCGGCGUCAGCGGCAGCCACCACCCCCACUUUGCCCCCACUAUCCACGACGAUGCCGGCUCCGACUGGCUGCUGCGCGCCGGCGCGCUGAUAUCCACCGAGACGCGCGAGUCCAAGGGCCAGGCCUGGCUGGUGUCGCGGGCGAGCUCCACGAGUCUGGCGGGGAUGCGCGAUGCCGACGACUACGAGGAUAUUGACGGUGGAUAUGUCGAGCGGGAGCAGCAGCUGCUGGCGGCUGCGGCGGCUAGCCGUAACGCCAGCCGCAGGGGCAGCUUGGGCCACGUGGCUACCGCUGGCAUUGUCGUUGAGGACGACCACGUCUCGGUGUACUCGCCGACGCACAGCCGCUACGGCAGCCGCUCCCACAGUCGGGUCGGCAGCCGUACUCAAAUGCUGGUGACGCCUAGGGACCACCGGUCCAUGGACGGCUACUUUUCGCUGACGCCAGGAUCGGUGGCGGCGUCGGCGUCGGCAUCCGCGUAUGGUGGCGAUGUGGAUGACGACUCAACCGCCGUGGCGGGGCCCGACUUUGUCAAUCUCGACGAGAAACUCGAGGCCAUCGAGCAGCACACGAGUGUCGACGACGAGGCGUACGUGCGGCGGCUGGUCAAGCACGGCAAUGGCGGUGUGGGGACCUGGUUCGGCAGCGUCCUGGGCGUGAAUCUAUUCUCGGUCAACGAGGACGAAGAGGAGUCGGACGACGACGAGGAGGAGAGUGCGUCGACAGAUGGCGAGCUGGAUGUCGACGACGACAGUGGUGAGGGGGACCAGGCCACGCAGCAGCAGCGGCGCGCGUCGAGCUCCUCCCGGCGGCUCGAAGGUUUCACUACAGCCCUCGAGGAACGCAUGCCAUCUCCGAAGGCUGACGAGGGCGGGUGGCAGGACGCAGCCUGGUUGCUGACUGUGGCAUCAAAGGUCCUCCUCUGA